CAGCCAGCAGAAGCAGCCAGCUGAAGCGGCAUCAGCUUCCAGUAAGAGUAGUAGCAACAGCAGCCAGCAGCACCUCGAAUCUGCCGUUCGCGUGCGUCCAUCUGUCCCCUUCAUCUACACUCCGCAGGAUUUUAUAUCAGUGGUGCGGAGCAGGCGUGGAGUGUGAGUAGGCGAUUGAAACAUCGUGACAGGAGUGGUCGUUUGGUAAGUUAAGUUUGUCAAGAUGAUGUUGCAAAAGAUGGCGUCUAUUGACGCUCAGAUGCGGCUACUCGUGCCGAAACGAGUGUCCGAUGACGACAAGCUCAUCGAGUACGACGCACUGCUGCUCGAUCGGUUCCUGGAUAUUCUCGAAGAGCUUCACGGCAAAGAGCUCAAGGACACGGUCCAGGAUUUGUACGAAUUGUCUGGGUUAUACUCCAAGACGGAUGGCCAUGGGGACGUCGAAAAGCUCCGGCAGCUUGCAGAAAUGCUCAACAACCUAGACCCUGGAGUGAACAUUGUGGUAGCAAGUUCAUUCUCACACAUGCUUAAUCUUGGAAACUUAGCCGAGGAGGUCCAAAUUGCUCUGCGAAGGCGUGUGUCGAAUGCUAAGAAAGGUGAUAUUGGAGAUGAGAACAGUGCAUUGACUGAGUCGGACAUGGAGGAGACAUUGCAUCGGCUUGUAAAACAGCUCAAAAAAUCACCUGAGGAGAUCUUCGAGGCAUUGAAAGACCAAACUGUGGACCUUGUCUUGACGGCGCAUCCUACUCAGGCUGUCCGACGGUCGCUUCUUCAGAAGCAUUCUCGGAUUCGAAAUUGUCUAUCACAGAUGUAUCAGAAAGACAUCACCGCGGACGAAAAGAAAGAGCUGGACGAAGCUCUUCAACGAGAGAUUCAAGCCGCCUUUCGCACUGACGAGAUCAGGCGAUCCCAACCCACACCCCAGGAUGAGAUGCGUGCCGGCAUGAGCUACUUCCACGAAACAAUAUGGAACGGUUUGCCCAAGUUUUUGCGUCGUGUGGACACCGCAUUGAAGUCGAUUGGAGUCAAGGAGCGUCUUCCAUACAAUGUCAAACUCAUCCAAUUCUCUUCCUGGAUGGGUGGCGAUCGUGAUGGAAACCCUCGUGUGACGCCAGAGGUUACCAGAGAUGUGUGUCUGCUGGCCCGACUGAUGGCAGCGAACCUUUAUUUCUCCCAGAUUGAGGAACUCAUGUUUGAGCUAUCAAUGUGGCGGUGCAGCGAUGAGCUUAAAGCAAGGGUACUGAAAAUCGAGUCACUGCAACGCAAGGAGGCAAAACACUACAUUGAAUUCUGGAAGCACAUUCCUCCCAGUGAGCCUUUCAGGGUUUUAUUAGGAGAUAUGCGUGACAAAUUAUACAACACACGCGAACGCAUGCGGCUAUUGUUACAGAAUGGGAAAAGCGACAUUCCUAUCGAAGACACGUACACUGAUGCUUCGCAGAUUUUGGAGCCAUUAGAGCUGUGUUACAGGUCGCUUUGUGAGACUGGCGAUAAGCCUAUUGCAGAUGGAAGUCUUUUGGACUUUAUGCGCCAGGUUUCGUGUUUUGGUUUGAGCUUGGUGAAGUUAGACAUUCGACAGGAGUCUGAUCGUCAUACUGACGUUAUUGAUGCCAUCACCAACCACCUUGGCAUUGGCUCGUAUCGCAACUGGACUGAGGAGCAACGUCAGGAAUGGCUUCUUUCUGAACUCCGUGGAAAGCGUCCUCUUUUUGGAGCCGAUCUACCAACGACGGAGGAGAUCAAGGAUGUUCUGGACACGAUGAAAGUCGUUGCCGAGCUUCCUCAAGAUUGCUUUGGCGCAUACGUCAUUUCUAUGGCAACAGCUCCGUCUGAUGUUUUAGCAGUAGAGCUUCUGCAACGCGAGUGUAGGAUUAAGAAGCCACUGCGAGUGGUGCCCUUGUUCGAGAAGCUCGCUGACUUGGAAGCAGCCCCGGCGGCCCUUUCACGCCUAUUCUCAAUUGACUGGUACCUGAACCGUAUCAAUGGGAAGCAAGAGGUCAUGAUAGGAUAUUCAGAUUCAGGAAAAGAUGCGGGACGUCUGUCGGCAGCGUGGCAAAUGUUCAAAGCACAGGAGGACUUGGUGAAAGUUGCCAAGCAGUAUGGUGUUCGCCUCACUAUGUUCCAUGGUCGGGGAGGCACGGUGGGAAGGGGUGGGGGGCCAACCCAUCUUGCCAUUUUGUCACAGCCUCCGGACACGAUUAACGGGUCAUUGCGAGUGACAAUCCAGGGGGAGGUCAUUGAGCAAUCCUUCGGUGAGGAGCAUCUCUGUUUCAGGACUUUGCAGCGUUUUACAGCAGCUACUCUGGAGCACGGAAUGCACCCUCCCAUCGCCCCCAAGCCCGAAUGGAGAGAGCUUAUGGACGCCAUGGCCGUGGCGUCCACCAAAGAGUACCGCUCCAUCGUCUUCCAGAACCCAAGUUUUGUAGAAUAUUUCCGUGCGGCGACACCCGAGCUGGAGUAUGGGCGCAUGAACAUUGGAAGUCGUCCAUCCAAGCGCAAACCAAGCGGAGGCAUUGAGUCCCUUCGAGCCAUUCCCUGGAUUUUUGCUUGGACCCAGACACGAUUUCAUCUGCCUGUGUGGCUUGGUCUUGGUUCUGCCCUAAAACAGGCACUGCAGAGUGACCCUAGGAACAUUGCCACUUUUCGCCGAAUGUACAAUCAGUGGCCCUUUUUCCGUGUGACUAUCGACUUGGUGGAGAUGGUGUUUGCCAAGGGUGAUCCACGUAUUGCCGCUUUAUAUGAUGACUUGCUUGUGUCGGACGAGCUGAAACCGCUUGGCGAGGAGCUGAGGCAGAAGUACAACGAGACAAGAGAUCUCCUUCUGAAGAUAACAUUCCACGAUGAAAUCUUGCAAGGGAACCCGUCGCUGAAGCAACGGCUGCGGCUUCGAGAACCCUACAUCACGGCUCUCAACGUGCAGCAGGCGCUAGUGCUGAAGAAGAUGCGUGAUCAGGGCUUGCAGUUCUGUGCAUUACAAAACAGCAGCAAGGACCAAUCCGACAUACCAACAACACCCAAGCGUGCUGCAGAGCUGGUUGAACUGAACCCCACAACUGAGUUCCCACCCGGACUGGAGGAUACUCUCAUUCUCACCAUGAAGGGUAUCGCGGCCGGUAUUCAAAACACUGGAUAGAACAGGGUAGCGAUCGGCCAUUUCCUUCCACAGUCCAACUCCACGAUCUCGGUUGCAUGGUUUGAAUCAUUCUCUCUCCACCAGGAAACUUAUCUACGAGUCCCAUCGGUGGUGCAGGAACACGAGGGUGGAGACCUCAACCUUCGUAUUUGUACACUGCAUUACAGCAAAUAAUGCUGGGAUCAAAUUACAAGGUUGUCGCCCUUGUGCCAAAGUUUUCGUCGCUGGACGUGCGCAAAGCUGUCGACUCACAUCGUCAUUUUGUGGCUGCUGCCCAGUCUUGUGCAGUAUCGACACAAUGUCGACUCCAUGAGUUUUGCGCCCACUAGUGGAGGCUGAUUUGGCCGGCCGCGUCUCUUCUUCUUCUUCAUCUUCUUCUUCUCACCCCAACCCGGACAAGGAGCAGUUAUCCAGUCUCAGCAACCAUCAACAAUAUGCCCGGUUUAGCUUACAUUCUGGCGGUUUUAGUGUAGGGUUGCGUCGUCAUCCACACUAGUGCGAUUCUAUCUACAUUUCGCAGACAAUGUGCAUGGUGUCUGAGCCAUCAGUAGAGCUGAACUACUAGGUCUAAAUAACACAGACGACUGGUUUGAUCUUGUACUUUCGUGUGCUGUUUGGAAGUUAAGUAUCUGCUAUAUCUUGUCUUCC